AUGGAUCCCUCCACUCAUAUCAUUGAUCCAGAUGGUGAAGUGAUAAUCGUAUUGCAUAACGCAAACUCUCCUUUUGCUCAUGCUGCUGAAGAUAUGGUCCCUGGCAGGCUCUCUCAUGGCCCUCCAGAACCUCACAACCCAAUUUCUCAUCAGGAGUCCAUUCCCGAAGGCGCUGCUACCGAUGACUCUGCUUUGGAAACACAGAUGUGUGAGUCGAUGAGUAGAAGAGAAUUCCGCAUUCAGGUCUCGGCAAAGCAUAUGAUGUUUGCCUCGUCAUUUUUCAAGAAAACUCUCACCGGCGGUUGGAAAGAAAGCGAAACCUAUCUGCAGAAGGGUUCGGUUGAGGUUACCGCAGAUGGCUGGGAUCCCGAAGCGCUCCUCAUUAUUAUUCGUGCCAUACAUUGUCAAUACAGCCUCAUACCGAAGAAGGUGACACUAGAGAUGCUCGCCAAAAUUGCAGCUAUAGCCGACUACUACGAUUGCAAAGAUGUUCUACACAUAAUCACCGAUAUAUGGUUCAGUUCUCUGGAUGAAAAGGUUACGGCAUCUUCACGAGACCUAGUACUCUGGCUAUGGGUUUCUUGGGUUUUCAAACACCCUACACAGUUUACAGAAGCAACAUCAACUGCUAUGUCAUGGAGUGAAGGUUUCAUUGAUGCUAGGGGGCUUCCGAUCCCCAAUCAAGCCAUCGCGUCGAUGGAAAAAUCUCGACGAGAGGCUAUCGAGAAUGUAAUGCUCUAUCUUCAUGGAACAUGCGAGGCCUUUCUAAGCGGAGAUCGAGGUUGUGGGUUUGAAUGCAAAUCAAUCAUGUAUGGGGCUCUUAAUUUGCAGAUUCGGUCAAGCUCUCUUCUUUCACCGACGCCUGCAACCCCUUUUCCGGGCAUCAGCUACAAAAAUCUCAUACAGGAGGUAUCAUCAUUCAGAUCGCCACGGUGGUAUGAAUCAUCCGGCCCCUUUCCGAAGCGUGGUCAAACUUACCGGCAUGAUUGUUCUGACUCCAGUUUCAAAACACUGUUCGCGAAUUUGAACCAUUCCAUCGAAGGGUUGCAACUAGACAAACUUUCUAAUCCCUAG